AGCAGGGAGGAAGGAUGGCUGCUCAUGUUUGAACUGCCUCAGAUGCUGAAAGAGAGUCAAGGCAGCAGAGGCAGAGAAACACAAGUCUCACUGGGGGACGCAUCUUGUUCAUCAUUUGCGGGGAAGCAGAAAAGGUUUGGCAAUGCCUGCUGAAGUGAAAGAGGAGCAGAGUGCAGAGGGGCCUCCUCCACUGUCUUUGUCCCAGGAAGCCAAAGAAGGAGCUCUGGAUAACCCAUCAGCCAGUGACGAACUGGACACGCCCACUUCCAUUGCCUCUGUGAUGACCUCGACCAAUGAAAGCUCCACAGAAACCGACACCCCACAGCAGACAGACACUGAGGAGUCCAAGGCUGUGGAACAAGAGGGUGAAAAGGCCACGAGUGACACCCAAGAAUCUACAGAGGUACAGCUGGAGAACCUGCAGACAUCAGCCUCGCCUGAUCUCACAUCACCAUCAGUGGUUCGAGAUGACGCUACCACUGAACAACCUACUCCCGAAACAAGCACUCAGCCCUCUGAGGCUGUUACACCAACCACAACAACCAUCAGCACCACCAUGGCACCCCCACAACCCCAGCUGAUAGUGCAGCCUUCUGAGCCUCAGUCGGCUAACCCAGACAGUCAGAGCACAGUGUACGCCCUACCUGAUGCCUACAGAGGUAUCGGAGGUGACUUAUGUGCAGGAUAUGGAAGCCUGUCCCGAAUUAACCUCCAUGGCUACUGGUCCGCCAAAAACUUCCAGUCGGGGGCUCACUACACCUUACCCUUCCUCAGAGACAGCUAUGCCCCUGCAGGCCUGAGCAGCCAGCCAGAACAGGACGGCCACAGUGAACGGGGAGAAAACCCUGUGGAUAUAAAGACCAACCACCCACCUCUCAAUUACCCACCACUGGGGGGAAUCCACCAGUUUAGGCCAAUCACCACCAUGGAGCUUCUCAGGGAGCCCUCGAGAACCAGAAGUGGCUACGACGACGCCUUCAUGGCACAGCUGGAGGGGAACCUGAAUCCUUUCUUCCAGGCCAUGUGUCGAGCGCAGACCCUGCAGUUACCCCACAAACGAAGCAGCAUGGUCAGCCUGGACAGCAUCCGAAGAGACCCGCGCUGGAGAGAUCCCAACCUGCAUGAGGUGAUCUCCAUGCUCAGCCACCCAAUGGACCCGGUCAAGUCCAACGCAGCAGCCUAUCUGCAGCACCUGUGUUAUGAGAAUGACCGAAUCAAGCAAGAGGUCCGCCACCUGAAUGGAGUGCCAAUCCUGGUGGGACUAUUAGAUCAUCCUAAAGCAGAAGUCCACCGCAAGGCCUGCGGGGCACUGCGCAACAUAUCUUUUGGGAAAGACCACAAUAAUAAAAUGGCCAUCAAGAACUGUGAUGGAAUCCAAGCUUUAGUUAGGCUGCUGAGGAAGACCAGCAGCAUGGAGGUCAAAGAGUUAGUGACAGGCACCCUGUGGAACCUCUCAUCACACGAGCCACUAAAGAUGAUGGUAAUCAACCACGGACUUCAAACGCUGACUGAUGAAAUCAUCAUCCCACACUCAGGCUGGAAGAGAGACUUAGCAGACCCCUCGAAACUGCAGAGCGCCGAGUGGACCACAGUCUUCAAGAACACCUCUGGAUGUCUGAGGAACGUCAGCUCAGAUGGGGCCGAGGCUCGACAGAGACUGAGAGAGUGUGAGGGGUUGGUGGCUGCGCUCCUUCAUGCCCUUCAGUCAGCUGUUGUCAACAAGGACACAGACAAUAAGUCGGUGGAGAACUGCGUCUGCAUCCUUCGGAACCUGUCCUAUCACGUUCACAAAGAAAUACCAGGAGCGGAGCGAUUUCAGGAGCCCCACGGAAAUCAUCUCAUGAGAUCCAUCGGGCAUCCAAAGAAAAAUGAACCGGACUGUUUUUCAGGAAAAAGACCCAAAGAAGAGUGGUUCAAUCAAGGUUGGAAAAAUGGAUUUGUGGACAGAAAAUACAGUACAUUGGAUUUACCAAAAUGUGCAGAGCUAAUGAAAGGGUUGGAGCUGCUGUACCAGCCGGAGGUGGUGAGGCUUUACCUCUCUCUUCUCACCUGCAGUCACAACCACAACACCCUGGAGGCAGCUGCAGGAGCGCUGCAGAACCUCGCUGCGGGACACUGGGCUUGGUCCAGCUAUAUCCGGGCGACAGUGAGAAAAGAGAAAGGUCUGCCUAUUCUGGUCGAGCUCCUGCGCUCAGACGUGGACAAAGCUGUGCGAGCCGUGGCCAUUGCUCUUCGCAACCUGGCUAUGGACAGAAGAAACAAAGAUUUAAUAGGGAACUAUGCUCUGAGGGACCUCGUCGGUAAUCUGCCGUGUGGGCAGCAGCAUCCAGCCAAGAAUCUCGAGGGGGAUACGGUGGUAUCCAUACUGAACACUAUUCACGAGAUCAUCACAGAUAACCCAGAGAAUGCGCGGCUGCUCAUCCAGGGUCAUGCUGUGCAGAAGCUGGUGGCCAUCAAUAAGUCAAGCCAAUCAGCGCGGGAGACAAAGGCAGCCUCCCAUGUGCUUCAGACAAUAUGGGCCUACAAGGACUUGAGAAACACUCUGAACAAAGCCGGCUGGAACAAGAGCCACUUUAAGCCCACAACUACCGGAGUGCCAAAAAAAUCCAAGAGCGGAAAGCAAGGAAGUGAUGACAUCACCUUGCCUCUCAUGGACAAAACUCAAGAUGUUUAUUCAAGCUUGGAGCCAAAUGAUAGAAUUGGAGAUGGAAAGGCGCCCGUUGUUGUGGAAAGAGACGCUCUUCAGGCGAUAAGUGAAAGAAAGCACUUCAUCAGAGCUGGCAGGCCUGCUGUGGGCCUCAUGGAUAACAAACCUCCACCACUGGACUCCUGGGUGUAAACGGAACAGCACGGCCAAUCAAACCAGUCAAAUCCUGCAGAGAC